ACCGCUGUGCGUUGGGAUCUGAUUCUAUCUUACCCACCUUUUAUUGGCAGUGAAAAGUCAUACCUAUUUGCCCGCGGACGAUGCCUAGAGAAGAUCGCGACGACAGCUCUCCACAGGGCGCAGAGCAAGAAAAGCCUACCUCGGCGGAGAAGGAGGUAAUGGAUGCCAAAGCCGGCGCAGCUUCAGAUAACACUGGAGCAGACGAGUCCAAGGAAGUUGAUGCUGCUGCCAAGGCGCGUGAGAGGCAGGAAAGGUUCAAGGCUCUCCGCGCUCGCGCUAAAGCGGCGACUGAGCGAAACCUGAAAGAGACAGCGGCGGAGUCUCAACGUCUUGCAACCGAUCAAAGUCAGCUAGCAUCACUAUCUCGCAAGCACGCAUUUGCGUCGCACAAUCUGUUGAAGGCAGAUACUGAAGCGUCCGGGGAAGACUUUGAGCGAAAAAGAGCUUGGGACUGGACAGUGGAAGAGUCAGAAAAAUGGGAUAAGCGCAUGGAAAAGAAACAGCGACACCGUGAUGACGUGGCAUUCCAGGAUUACAGACAGGAUGCACGAAAGGUAUAUAAGAGGCAGCUGCGGGAGAUGCAGCCUGAUCUGGAAGGAUACGAGAGAGAAAAGAUGGCUGCAAUUGAAAGAGCUGCCGCCAGCGGUGGCUUAGAAGUCGUGGAGACCAAUGACGGCGAGCUGGUAGCCGUUGACAAGAAUGGAACAUUCUACUCAACAGCCGACUCGACAGACUUCAUUGAGAACAAGCCUGACCGAUCUGCAGUGGAUAAGCUCGUCAACGACCUGAAAAAGGCAGAAGAAGUUCGCCUCAGGAAACGCAGGGAGCGCCGCGGAGAAGACGAGCCAGAUGUAACUUAUAUCAACGAAAAGAACAAGCAGUUCAACCAGAAGCUUGCCAGGUUCUAUAACAAGUAUACUGCCGAGAUCCGCGACAGCUUUGAGCGCGGCACGAUGAUAUGAUUACAAAGAUAGACUGGAUCGACCCUGCACCAGAUUACACUAACCCGUCAUCAACCUUUGCCCAGCGCCAAAAAACCAAGGACAGCGUCAGAAACCAGGCUUUU